AUGGAAAGGCUGAGACUCGAGGAUGGUCUGGAAGAAAUACCGUUUUUACAGAUGCAGUCCCACUGCGACACACUGUUGCUCUAUAUGCAGCACUUGUACAAUACGAGUCGUUUUUUGGAUGUUAUUGUCCAAAAUAACGGUGAUUAUGCGAUAUCGGCUCAUCGUCUCAUCCUAGCUGCUUAUAGCAGACAUUUAGAUGCAGCUCUUUCUAGUGUUCAAGAUUCUGCAGUUAUAACCUUGAACAUUGAUCCGAAAAUUACAGGUGUGAAAAUGGACGAGCUUCGAGCACUGGUAAAAUAUAUGUAUACUGGACGUUGCAACAAUCGAUCUCAAAGCAGGACACUUUUUGUCGCAAAUGCGCUUGGUUGUGAUUCCCUGAUUAGACUUCUAGAAAGUGAAGAAGCUCAGAUUUAUGAGAAUGUAGAUUUGGAAAAUCCUGAUCAUGCUCAAGAAUUGUUACAAGCAAUCCAUCGUUUCAAAACUGAAGGAAAAUUUAUUGAUUGCUUCAGCAGAGUAAUUCUUCGAUGUCAUCGUUUGAUGCUUUGUGCGUUUAGUACUCAUUUCGAAAAUGCACUUGCAUGUACCGAGAAAAGUACCAUUGUCACUGUUGACAUCGAUCCCCAGAUUACGGGUGUAAGUAGUGUGGAUUUGAGGAAUAUAGUCGAUUUUUUGUACAGUGGGUCAGUUCGUACUACAUCGAGGCGUCGUAAGAUAUUACGACAAGCUGCUGUUACUUUAGGUGUGGCUAGAUUAGUUGAUGCUAUCGAUGAAGAAUUAAUUGCUUCCGAAACAGAUCUUUCAUACAGUGCUGGUGAUCGUGAUGAAAUGCUGGUGACAAACGCAAUUUAUGGACUUUCGGACCCUGCAGGCAAUUUGAUUGAAAAUAGUGAAUCUGACAUUUCUGUUAUAAACAAUCCAGACUUCGAAGAUGAAAAUGAUGACAGUAAUGUGGCGGAAACUAGUGCUGAAAAUCUUAUGGAAGAAGCUUCUGAUUACAUAGACAAAGGUAUAAAUGAAUUAAAUGAAAUACAGAUGAUAGAUGACAGGAAACAAAACGGUAUGGCUGUUGCGAAGGCAGCAAAUGAUUACAUGUAUAUUUAUGAAAAAUUUGUUGCUGGACCGAGUCGAGGUCGUAAAGGUGGCACAUAUGGACAUAAACGGUUGAUGUCGCAGUUGGAGAAAGAUAUAAAGCUUUGUCACGUAGAAGAAGCAUCAGCAAAUUGUGAUGCUAUGCAGAAUGACAAUUUUGAAACCGUCUCUGCAGUGACGAUGUCAUAUAUUCCACCUUCCAAAAAGCGUCAUUUGUUGGACAGUUUUGGUUAUGGCUUGCCUGAAAUUGUUGCACCCAAAGAUGUUACUGUGCCUUUAUUAGUCGGUGAUCAAGAGGUAAUGAUGGAAAAACCCUUCAAAUGUCCAUUCUGUGAUCAUCGGACAAAAGAGAAAAGUGCGGUUGAAAAACACGUCAGAUGCAUACAUACAUUGGAAACUCCUUACAAAUGUCAAUAUUGCAACCAAGCUUUCAAAGUGCAGAGCAAUCUCGUCAGGCAUAUUCGAGCUCAUACAGGCGAAAAACCAUACACAUGUAAAAAAUGUGGGACAACAUAUGCAGAUAAGAAAAAUAUGGAUGCGCAUAUAUUUAGAGAGCAUUUGAAACUGAAACCAUUCGAAUGUCCGGAAGAGUUUUGCAGAGCUAAAUUCUGGCGAAAAGAUCGUUUCGUUGUGCACUGCCGUCGAAUCCACAGUUUUGAACCGGUUAUUAGUUUUGGAAAAUUAAACUGCAUGACGGAUAAGGAUGUGGAUCAAUACAUCAGGCAGAAUGUUGUUUGGUCGAAAUUGCCCGAGGAAAUUCGGAUUGUUUUGGGCAACUCACAGAGAGAAUAUGAUAAGCUCGUACUUGAAUAUUCAAUUAAAAAUCAGUUGAGAUAUAAAGGCAACAUAGUGAAAUAUGUAAAAAAAAAUGAAGAAACUUAUUAUGAUAUUCUUUUGAAAUACAGCGAAACUCAUCUUAUGCUUUAUCCAUAUCACCUGUCAAAUAUCGUUGUACGCGAACUUCGAAUGACGCCAUUUAGUUAUUAUAUCAACAUUAUGGCGAAUCUUAUGAAUGCUGAAAAAAGUUAUGACUCAUUGCCAAAUUUUACGGCUGCCGAUGCGAUGAGAUUGUUGGGAAUUGGCAGGAAUCAAUACAUUGACUUAAUGAAUCAGAAUCGUUGCAAUCGAAAAAUAUUUCGAAAAAGCAAAUCACUGCGUGAAUUAUUGCCCGCAAAACCUGUUGCGAUCAACAUUGAACCUUGGUGGUUGCUCGCACCGGGUAGUAUCCUAGAAAGUGAUGUUAAAUUACUGAAUAGGGAUGAGAAAGAUUUAUUAGAUAUGCUUAUCGAUGAAGGUGCUCAAUUAGUUGGUACUCUUGAUGCAAAGCUGGUGCAAAAACUUUAUAACCGUGGCCUGGCUUAUUUGGAGGUGCCAGUUAACGAUGACGAUUACAUUUAUGUACCAACUUUGGAUGGUUUUGUUAUGAAUCGAGUUUUGGGUGAUUAUUUUGAAAACUUAUUAUAUCAGAUAUUUGUUACUAUCGACGAGCAAACAACUGUGCGGGAGCUUUCGGAAACUCUGAAUAUUGAUUUGCAACUCGUCAAAAAUGCCAUCUCGGUCUUUUGCCGGCUUGGCUUCGCGAAGAAACGUAUCACUGGACUAGAAAAUCUUGCGUUGCAUGUAACAUGGGCAAGUCAUAUGACUAUUCCAGAGAUGGACGAAGAUUCUACUGCAGCAAUCACAGCUGAUCUUACAGACUUUUCCACGGCAUUGGUUUCUCCAGGCGGUGCUGAUGAAGAUGACGAGAAUGAGUCCGGUGCCGAUGGAUUACUGACGAACCACGAUGUGUUAACAACGUCAUUUACAUCGUUGUCGUUACCAACUCCUAUUCUCAGUGGUGGAAGCGAAGCUGCAAAACGAAUUGCGUUUCUCUUCGAUUCAUCGUUGACUGCUUUUCUCAUGAUGGGAAAUUUAUCAGUCAGCCUAAAAAAUCAUGCGGUAACAUUAUUUGAAGUGGGAAAAUUGAGUGAUGAGUCAUUGGAUAGUUUCGUGGAAGAGUUGCAAAAUGUGAAGCUGUUUAUGGAAGGUGAAGCACAAAGAUAUUCAGAACAUGCUCAAACAUUGUUAUUAACGAUUCUUGCACUGCGAAAUAAUUCUGAAUUGGAUUUAAUUAGGGGUGAAAGUUUGUUAUCAUUAGAUCACCCUGCACGUUUGCGCCUUAUCAACAAAACAUACAGGUGUUUGGUUUCAAUGGCUCCAUUAAAUGGGGAAGCAUGUCCAUUAUCAACACCAUCUAUUCCUCAUUUUGGAACUGUUAUUCCAGAAGUGGUUUCUUCAUGGUUUCGAUUAUUUUUAUAUUGUACCGUGGGUGAUGGACCAGUUUCGCUGUAUAUCCCCAAAGGCUCACGUGUCCCAGUCAUUCCUUGUGCUUUACGACGAUGCAAGCGUUUACUGAUCACUACUGCUUCGCACGAACCUAUUAUCGUUCCAGCUGAUAAUUGUUUAAUUCAGUUGAAUGACAUACUUCAAAUGCAUGCAGUAUUUGUGCAAGAAUACAGUGCUGUGACCGAUGACUCAGAGAUUGCAAGUGUCCCAUUCCCAUUUACUGAGUCCAGCUUAACAGAUGGUGACUUUUCAUCGCACCCUUCGGUGUUGAAACUUCAGCGGAAGUUGGGACUAAAUUCACUGUGUGGUUAUUUGAUAUUAUUGUGCAAAAAGAAGUCUGCUGAAUGGGAACAACAGUCAGAUAAAAAUAGGAAAGGUAGUAGCACGACAAUCAGCAAAGAUCCAAGGAAAAUUACGAGCCUGCGAGUUCAUUUGAGAAACGACGAAACAUAUGCGGAUUACACAUUGCUUGACUGUGUUUUUGGCGUACCAUUAUUCGAUGAGCAUUUGAACAGGGUCAUUUGUCAAAGAAUUAAAGAUUUCGAACUUCUUGACCCAAAAAAUUCAAACACGGCAGAAUUUGCGAACCAUGGUCUAAUACAGUCGUUGCGAGAACUGAUUAGUAAAUAUCAGACUUGGGAAGAAGAACCAACAUCUACUUGGGAAACUUCGCGUUGGUCUCCUCCAACUCAAACACUUCUUUUCCAAAAUGGAGAGAUAAGCAUAGUAGAUGAUUUGAGAGUUUGGUGA